CCAAUAUGUGUUGACGAUCGUGUACGUCGGCCAAUAUAUGCAGCUUAUGAGGCUGCACCAUGUCCGCUGGUGCUGUCCAAUUACGCGGGGCCGGCUAAACAGUUUUGCCUCAAAAUAGAGAGGCGUGCUGGGACGACAGAGCCGAUAGGCGAACUAGACUCUCAGCCGCGAGAUCUAGAGAAGCCGAAAUGGGAACGAAGGCUGAGGCUGCAUAUACAUAUUCGUGUUCUGGAAGAGGGGCUGUGGGGGGCUUGGCAGUGGUAG